AUGGAUGAAAGAAACAUCGAAGAGUACUUGGUUGGUUCGCAUAAUGAGAGCAUAGGACAUUCGAGGCUUCCUCGUGAUGUCUUCCACAACUGGUUUCAAUAUGAGGUUGUUAGGCACAAGUUUUACUUUGCCGUGGCCGUCAUUCAAGUGAUACUAUUUAUCAUCUCAACACAUAACUUCUUUCAAGCUCAGAAAAAUGCGAACAAGAUACUCACUGUUACAGGAGCAGUGUAUCUGAGUUCGGUGGUUAUAUAUUUUACUGGCUUGAUUUUCUUCCAAGUUGAGCGCGGGUUCGUGACGACGGCAGCAAAUAAAGUUCAAUUUUUGAAAGAGCUAAUAACGAUAAGACCCGGAAUUGAUAUGAUCGAAUGGGACAUCCUUGCAACUAAGGCAAACACAAUUUUCUACAAUGAAAGUGUAUUAACUUCACCCUAUUACUUUUAUGAUGGUGCAUCAUGCUACUCGUUCUUCAGGUUUGUUUUCCUUCUGCCUUAUCUACGAAGGAAAGAGGCAUGUUUCGCAGACGAAAAUUCGCCAGAUGAAAUUCGGCGUUUUAUUAGCCAGGCCAUAAAGGUAUAUCAAGAAAAAGCGGAUAGGAAGUGGCAACUAAUAUUGAACAAAAUUUUGUCUGGGAGAACAAACACGUCACGCUGGCAUUCCAAUUUUUGUUUUAAAAAUUGA